AUGACGAGACCGCAAAUCAUCCGCGCCGACUCCAUUGAUCUCCAGGAUCACGACACCCCCUCCGCCAAAGACCACCGCCACCCCGCGACCAAGCCCGCCGCCAACGGUACUUCGCUCGGCACCCACCAAGCCGAGACUCUGCGCGAGGUCGCAGCCGAGACGAAGGAGGACAGGAGGGUCUCAUGGAACGGCGGCGACAUUGAUAUCCAUCAGCACAUCGACGACAACAAAAUGCAACAGCAGGAUGCCCUCGCCGUCGCCCAGAACGGAGGCAGCCUUGCCUCUGUGGACGGCGACAUGGAUGUCGACGAGGACGCCGACCUGGACGACGACGACGACGAUGACAUGAUGGACAAGAUUUCCAGUUCUCCUUCCAUUGAAGAUGGUGAGAAUGCCCCCCAGCUCCCGCCUUCCUGGCCCGCGCGUGUCGAUUCCCUGCGCGCCCGUCAUUCGCCCAUGAGCUCUCCGGUAUCCAGCGAGCCGAGAUCUUCUUCGCCGUACCUCGAAGCAGCCCAAUACAUACCCCUUCCCUUGCGUCUCCCCCGGAGUAGGCAGUCAAGCAAGGCUUCUGCCAGACCAGUGUCAUAUUCGCAUCAUUGUCAUCUUGCUGCGAGCGGAGAAAUAGAGGACGGAGACACAGCAUACGGCGGACCGGAUGACGCAGCAAAUGGGCGUGGGGGUAUAGGAACAUUCAUCCGCCCGGACGGCGACACGGCAAUUGAUGCCCCUUCCACGAGGCGCCCGUCAAGUCCUGAAUCGAUCGGACCCAUUCUCGCCGAAUUUGACGAAAUCGACGAGUCCAUCUCGCCAUACGACUUUCUCAUCCCCUAUGAUGCUUCCGAAGAUGAUGACGAUGAAUUUUCCUUGCCUGACGACUCUGCAUAUAUUGACUCCGGCUGGGGUGGCGAGUGCUUACAAGUUGCAGAGGACAUCGAUUUCGAGUUCGUGUACGCCCUCCACACCUUCGUCGCCACUGUCGAGGGACAAGCAAACGCCACGAAAGGUGAUACCAUGGUUCUUCUCGAUGACAGCAACAGCUACUGGUGGCUUGUACGAGUCGUCAAAGACAGCAGCAUCGGGUACUUACCAGCAGAGCAUAUCGAAACACCAACCGAGAGACUGGCACGUCUCAACAAGCACAGGAACAUUGAUCUCUCGGCGACUAUGUUGGGUGAUACCGCUGAAAAGACCAAGACCUCCAUCAAGACCGCCAUGCGGAGGCGAAAGAAGACCGUUACUUUCACAGCCCCGACCUAUGUGGAGGCUUCUGACAUCGACUACUCGACUGAGGAGGAGGAUGGCGAAGGAGAAGCCCCUGCGGCUCAGCAGGCGGCUCAGCAAGCGGCUCAACAGCAAUCGCAGCCAGUGGAAGAGGCCUUAGAAGACGAGUCUGCCAAGGUUGAACCCCUCAAGCCGCGCUCGAAACCAGCGAAGGCCGAGACAGUCCAGCCGGAGGAGCAGACGGACGAACCAGUCACCAACGGAGGGGAGAGUCGGACUAGUGAUGAGAUCUUCGAUGGGCGAUCCGAGAGCAGAACCAGAACCACCAAGAACGGCACAGUCAGGAACACAGACUCUUUCUUCAAGGAUGAGACUGUCGAGACAAAGAAGAUCACGCUCACCCCGAACCUUCUGCGGGAUGACGACUCGCGGGACUCCAACUCACUGGACUCUCAAAGUUUGCGGCAACGCCCUAGCUUUGAGAAGGAGCUGGUCUCGGACAAGCAAAAGAAGAGGGAGAAGGACAGGAAAGAUAAAGACAAGAAGCCCAGCGCCAUUCGAAGUUUCUUCUCGCGGAAAGAUAAGAAGAAAUCCGGCGAUGAUGACGACGAAUCCUUUGGUAAAAGAUCCAUGGACGCCGGCGCCGAGGCCCAUGAGGAGGAGCCGCAGGCCAACGACAUCGACUCGUCGCCUGACAAGGCCACAGGUCCCCAGCGUAACCCCAGCAAGCUCCAGAAGCAGAUGCCUAGGACCGAGCCGUCUCCGACAAGGAAGAACAGCAACGCCAAAGACUCACAACCUUCUGGCUUGGACCUUGCACAGUUCCUGAAUGAGGAAUCGAGGUCAAAGGAUGCUCCCGCUCCGGCUUCCCUUAGAAUGGUUGAGCCAGAUCCUCUCGAUGUCUCGGACAAGACAGGACCCAAAGAAGAGAAAUCCAAGAUCUCCAAGAUACUCCAUCCCAAUGAAGGCAAGCCGCCAAAGGUCAGCAAAGCCAAAUCGCGCAUCGAGCUGGACGAUUUCGACACGACGGAUGAGGAAGACGAGGAGAUACUAGAGCCUACCAAGUCUGUUCCGGAGCCACCUACAAGGUCUGCGCCCACCCCUGAAGGUCAGAGGCAAGCGGCUGCCGCUGAAGAGAAACAAUUACGGCCAACUCUGCCCGGCUCAUAUCCGGACAGCUAUCUCAGCACAGCUACCCUGCAGGCUCCAUCGCAGCCUCAAGAGACAGCAAACACGCAGAUCACUCCUGAACGUGCGUCAGACUCACCUGUCCAAGUAUCACCGGUCACCUCCUCAAAUCCUCCUGCAUUGAUGGGCGACACGUCUAGCCAGGAAGACCGAUCAUCCCCUAUUUCAUCACCGUCACCAGAACUUGUCGAUGGCAGUGGGCGUGGUCACCAGAACCAAGACUCAAUGACCUCUACGUCGGCCUCGGGCACCGUCUCGUGGAAUGAUGCCAACCUACGGGCUUUCUUCGAUUCGGGUUCAGAGAUUCGCGACCUUCUCACGGUUGUGUACGACAAGACCGACGUUACGCCGGCGGGUCCAGACCACCCCGUUGCUGGAACACUGUUCAAGGAACAGAACGCCAAAUUGGCGGAGAUUACGACUCAACUCGACAACAUGCUAGGCGACUGGCUGGCUCGGAAGCAGCGCCUUCGAGGCACAGUCUAG